UCCGAGCCAACGUUCAUAAGGACCUGUGAAGAUGGAUUUUUCAAAGGUUGCUCCUCCGAUCUUUGAUGGAGAAGACUAUGAUCUUUGGGCGGUGAGAAUGGAGGCAUUCUUAGAUGCUCUAGAUCUAUCGGAAACUGUGGAGGAUGAUUACGAUGUUUCUUCGUUACCAAAAGAUCCCAUAGUAGAACAGAUGAAAACUCAUAAAGAAAGAAAAAUCAAGAGGGCAAAGGCAAAGACUUGUUUGUUUGCAAGUGUCUCACAAACCGUCUUUAUUAAAAUCAUGACUCUCAAAACACCAAAAGAAAUUUGGGAUUACCUAAAAGAAGAAUAUAAAGGAGAUGAAAGGAUUCGAAGCAUGCAAGUUAUGAAUUUAUUGAGAGAGUUCGAGUUGCAAAGAAUGAAGGAGGAUGAAACAAUCAAGACAUACGCUGAUAAAUUAUUGGGUAUUGCUAAUAAGGUACGAUUACUAGGCACUCAAUUUUCUGAUUCCAGAAUUGUGGAAAAACUCCUUGUAACGGUACCUGAAAGAUAUGAAGCCUCUAUAGCCGCCUUGGAGAACACAAAAGAUUUGAGUAAAAUCACUCUGCCAGAAGUGUUACAUGCAUUGCAGGCACAAGAACAAAGAAGACUUAUGAGGGAAGAAAGAACUAUAGAUGGUAUAUGUCUAGCAAAAGGUUUUGGAAAGAAAUACCAACACAAACCAUGUCCUCAUUGCAAAAAGGAUAAUCACUCACCAAAGAAUUGUUGGUGGAGGCCUGAUGCAAAAUGUGAAAAAUGUGGUAAAUUAGGUCAUAUGAUGAAGGUAUGCACAUCACAACAACAACAAGGAGAUGUUAACAUUGCUCAUGAACAAUAUGAAGAAGACCAUGAACUACUACUUGCAAUCUCAGGUUUUACAACCAACAAACCGUCAAAAGAAUGGCUCAUUGACAGUGGUUGCACAAACCAUAUGACUUAUGAUCGAGAUCUUUUCAAAGAGCUCGAUAAAACUUCUAUUUCCAAAGUCAAAAUUGGGAAUGAAGAACAAAUUGCAGUAGAAGGCAUUGGAACAAUUUCAAUUAAAACUCAUGCAGAUAAUGCGAUUUUUCUGCCAUUGUUGGAUAAAGAAUUGGAUCAAGAAGCCGGAGAAGGAAAAACAAUUGCAGUUACGACGAGGUUUCGCCGGAGAAGAAGAAGAGCAGAGUUUGUUACGGCGGUGAGAAACGGUUACAACUCCAAAACUGCGGUUCUUGGAGCUAGGCCCUAUUGA